UUGACUUGCUUUCCGUAGCUGCUGGUGAAAUCAUGGCGGCGACAUGUCUUUUUCCCAGUAAGAAAACUGGAUUAAUAAAAGGAGCCCAGUAUGACCAAGAGGGGAAAUUUACCGAGGUGGAAACCAGAGAAGAUGAGGAACAGAACAUUAAGCUGGCAGAGAUCCUUGAGCUUCUGUUGGCUGCUGGUUACUUCAGAGCCAGAAUUAAAGGACUGUCAUCAUUUGAUAAGGUAGUUGGGGGUAUGACAUGGUGCAUCACCACGUGUAACUUCGGCAUUGAUGUGGAUCUUCUAUUUCAAGAAAACUCUACUAUUUGUCAGAAAAUAGCCCUUACGGAGAAAAUUGUUUCUGUGCUACCCAAGAUGAAAUGUCCUCAUAGCUUGGAACCCCAUCAAAUCCAAGGACUGGAUUUUAUUCACAUUUUCCCUGUAAUACAGUGGCUAGUGAAGCGGGCUAUAGAAACAAGAAAAGAGAUGGGAGACUAUGUGAGAGCAUACUCCAUAUCUCAAUUCCAAAAGACUCACUGGCUUCCAGAGGAUGAAGACUUCCUCCAGAAGAAGGACAAAGCUGUACUGGAUGUGUUGGGGGUCUACAAACCAGAAAGAAAAUACAGGAGACAGAAAGAUGCAAAACAAUUGCUAGAAGAAGAGUCAUUGGUUUACUCUACCCUUCUGGAAUAUGGCAAACUGACAGAAGGAAUACAGCAAAAUGUGGAAGAAGGAACAUCCUUGCCUACUGGUGACUCUCAAAUUGAUCCUACCGGGAUGGUACAGAUGCUAGAAGAAGAAGACAUGUGUACAGUCGAGGAGGGCAAGCUAACAGCAAGUGCAGUUGGUCAGAUAGUGGGACUGCAGUCAAACGAGAUCAAACUUAUUGCUUCGGAAUAUGCUGAAAAGCAAUCAGAGCUGAGAUCAGAAAAGAGCACUGGGGACUUUGGCUUUCUGCAGCAAUAUCGCAGGGUGGUAUCCUUGCUCAUGAAACAAAUCCAACAGAAGAGUAAACAACUGCAAGAGCUAAAAACAAGGCAUCUGGAAGUGAAAAUGGACUGUGAGGAGGCAAAGAAAAAUUUGGUAGAGGAAAUGGAACAUACUGAGAAGCUAGACAAAGAAUUUAAAGCUUUACAAGAAAUGGAGGGGAGCACUGAUAGUGGCUUGUAUGAGAAGCUUAGGGCUUUGGUAACAAUGAACAGGAAUCUAAAUCAACAGGAGCAAGAUUUCCGCACACACUGCAGAGAAGAGAUGGUCCGUAUACAGGCCAACAUUGAGGAGUUAAACAUGUCUUUCAGGCAUGAUUCAAAGGAAACAAAGGAGAGUAACCAACUGAUAGACAAACAGUACAACACAGACAGGCAGAGGCUUCAGAAGACGCGUCUAAUCAUGGCCCGGAAAAACCGGGAGAUUGCUGUCUUGCAGCGCAAGAUUGAUGAGGUGCCAACCCGAGACGAGUUGACACAGUACCAAAAAAGAUUUAUUGAACUCUACUGCCAAGUUUCUGUGACACACAAGGAAACCAAGCAGUUCUUCACCCUGUAUAACACAUUAGAUGACAAGAAAAUAUAUCUGGAAAAGGAGGUGAACUUGCUUAAUUCAAUCCAUGACAACUUUCAACAGGCCAUGUCGUCUUCGGCACGUAAAGAACAGUUUCUCAGACAAAUGGAGCAAAUAGUGGAGGGAAUCAAACAAAGCCGAGUCAAGAUGGAAAAAAAGAAACAAGAUAACAAAAUGAGAAGAGAUCAACUAAAUGAUGAAUACCUGGAGGUGCUGGAUAGACAAAGGAUCUACUUUAAAACUGUGAAGGACUUUAAAGAGGAGUGUCGAAGGAAUGAAAUGCUGCUGUCAAAGCUGAAUGAAAGGGGUGCACUGUAGCUGUCCCAUGAUUUUGUUGCUUACAGAAUAACUGUAUAUGUAUGUCCUUUUUCAUUAGAAACAAAUAUUUCUUUCUC